AUGGGCGUGACCAUUGGUUCACGUACCUACUCCCUCCGACGGACACUAGCCUUAGGCCUCUUCCUUCUAGCCUACUCGGCCCUUAUACCGGGUCUGAUCCUGCCCAUAGUGGAGAUUCGAGGACAGCAACAUAGCUUCGCUCCUCAUGGAGUCAACGGAGCGAUCAUACCGGUCAAUUCGAACAUCCUGGGCUCUUCUAGGGCAGAGGAUGAGGGCGUGACAACUACUGCUGGUCCGAGGUCACCACUGGCAGAGACGAGCUUCGUACGAAGCACCUUGGACUCGGUCCAGGACUUGUUCGAUGCUGGUUACUGGGUGCCUGCUGGACUUAUCAUUUUCUUCUCCUUCAUCACACCAGGCGUGAAGUUGCUGGUCCUACUAUACUCGGAGACCAGAGGCCACUUAGUGCAUAUCCGGAAGCACCAGUACUUGGAUCUACGACGUGUGUUGCGACAAGCUAGCAAAUACCAGAUGGUUGACGUGUUCGUUGGAGUCCUCACUAUGGCCUUCCUCAACCAUAACGUUAUUGAGGCCCACUACCGUAGCGGCUUCUACUACUUUACGCUCUACUGUGUGGCCAGUAUUGCCGCUACACAGCUCUUGGACAGUAGCAGUGACAGUGUGUUCGCGCCGCCGAACCCUGUAGGGCCCCGACGGGAGCUUGACUACCCAGAGGUGUUGGUAACUACUGUGGACUUGAUUCUCCUCUAUAUGACCAUCUCGAUGUUCGUGGUUGGUUUUGUCUGGUCCCUUGGGUGGCCGAUACUGUCCGUAAGGUUCCUCUUUCGGGAGAAAAUUGUGGUGGCGGAGAACUCUUUGUCUUUGCAUGAUAUGAGCCGCAAUUUGAUGGAAUCUGGUCAUCUCCUCCCUGCUGUGCUUUUACUACUAUUUGUGGUCUUUUUGCCGAUCUGUCACAUCACCAUGGUAGCAGUGCUCAAGACGGGGUGUCUGCCGAGACAGGUGAGCGGCCGAGUGUGUGCACAGUCGGCCGCGCAGUGGAUGUGGGAAUGGUCACAACUGGACGUGUUUGCGCUGGCGUUGUUCAUCACUUUAUUCGUCUUCAACGCCUUCAGUCUCCUUCGAGCCGUUGCCCCUUGGGGUUUCUACUGCGUCCUUAUGGCGGCUAUGAGUGGCUUCGAGUUGGCUAAGCAUGACUUACCUCCGAUGCUGAGAAUGGCACAACAUGACCUAGUCGAGAUGGACGAGAUCGUCUGUGAAGAGGAAGAGGAGGAGGAGCAGCAGCAGCAGACUGUUGUCGAGCCCGGCGUCAUAAAGCACAGACGAGAGCACUCAGGAAGCAGCUCAUUCUCAGAGGAGCGUCUCCGCUCUCGGGUGGACUCGGUUGCAAGCACA